AUGGCGGCGAAGGUGCGGUUCGGCCUCCUGGUGGCGAUGUUCAAUGCCAUGUCGGGCGACAAGAGUUCAGCGAAGAAGCGCAGCCGCCUGCGCGCGUUCCUCGACCGCGCCUACGUGCCCAGCGGCGGUAGGGAUGACUAUUUCAGCGCGCUCCGCCUCGUGCUCCCGGGGCUCGACCGCGAGCGCGGCACCUACGGGCUCAAGGAGGCGGCCCUCGCCGCCGUGCUUGUCGACGCCCUUGGCAUCGCCAAGGACUCUACCGACGCCGUCCGGCUCACCAACUGGCGCCGCGGCGGGGGUGGCCGCAACGCCGGCAACUUCGGGCUCGUGGCCGCUGAGGUCCUGCAACGGAGGCAAGGUCUAACUUCUGGUGGAUUGACGAUAAAGGAGGUUAACGAUGCACUUGAUCAUCUAGCUGCAACCGACAACAGGUCUGAGAAGGCCUCAAUACUUUCUAAUCUGAUCAAGAAAACCAAUGCCGUUGAAAUGAAGUGGCUUCUGAUGAUUAUUCUUAAAGAUUUGAAAUUGGGGAUAAGUGAGAAGAGCAUAUUUGAAGAAUUUCAUCCUGAUGCCCAAGACUUGUUCAAUGUCACCUGUGACUUGAAAUUCGUCUGUGAGAAGCUCAAUGACCGAAGCCAGAGGCAUAAACGGCAGGAUAUAGAAAUUGGGAAGGCUGUCAGGCCUCAGCUAGCUAUGAGAGUCCGUGAUGCUUCAGCUGCUUGGAAGAAGCUUCAUGGAAAACAAGUGGUUGCUGAGUGCAAAUUCGAUGGUGAUCGUAUUCAAAUCCACAAAAACGGGGAAGAGAUCCAUUUCUUCUCUAGGAGCUUUCUUGAUCACUCUGAAUACACACAUGGGAUGUCAAAGAUUAUUAAAGAAAAUAUCCUGGUUGACAGAUGUAUAUUGGAUGGAGAAAUGCUUGUCUGGGACACUGUACUUAACCGUUUUGCUGAAUUUGGUUCAAACCAGGAAAUAAAUGUUGCUUUUGACAUCCUUUAUGCUGGAGACACCAGUGUUAUCCACCAAAGUUUGACAGAGCGGCAUCAAAUUCUGCAGAAGGUUGUGAAACCUUUAAAGGGUCGUCUUGAGAUUUUGAUCCCAACAGGUGGUUUAAAUGUCCGUCGCCCUUCAGAUGAACCAUGCUGGUCAAUUAUUGUACAUAGUGUUGAAGAUGUUGAAAGAUUCUUCAAAGAGACUAUUGAGAACAGAGAUGAGGGCAUUAUACUGAAGGACCUUGAUUCCAAAUGGGAACCUGGUGACCGAAAUGGAAAGUGGCUUAAACUAAAGCCUGAUUAUAUACACGCGGGUGCUGAUCUGGAUGUUAUUAUUAUAGGGGGAUACUAUGGAUCUGGACGUCGAGGAGGAGAGGUUGCACAGGUUUUAGUUGGCCUUGCAGUCCCUUCAGAUGAUAAUAGUUAUCCCAAAAGGUUUCUUUCAUUUUGCCGUGUCGGUACUGGGCUCUCUGAUGAAGAGCGUGAUGCUCUUGUCACCAAACUGAAGCCUUAUUUCAGGAAAAAUGAGUACCCAAAAAAACCACCAAAAUUUUAUGAAGUUACAAAUAACUCAAAGGAGAGGCCAGAUGUUUGGAUCGAGAGCCUUGAUAAGUCAGUCAUAAUAUCUGUAACAAGUGACAUUCGUACAAUCAAGUCCGAGGUAUUUGCUGCUCCGUACUGUUUGAGGUUCCCCCGUAUUCAGAGAGUGAGAUAUGACAAGCCAUGGCAUGAGUGCCUUGAUGUGCAGGCAUUUGUGGACAUUGUGCAUUCAAGUAAUGGUACAACACAAAGGGUGGCAGAUGAUAACAGUCUGAAGAAUGAUGACACAAAACGCUCAAGAACAAACAAAAAAGUGGAGAAGAAGUGUGUCUCAGUCAUCCCUUCACAUCUCAUGAAGACUGAUGUAUCAGGUCUUAAGGGAGAAACCCUGAUAUUUGCCAACAUGAUUUUCUAUUUUGUCAACAUUCCAUCAUCUUAUAAUCUCGAAUAUUUUCAUAAACUGGUUGUGGAAAAUGGGGGAUCUUUCUCCAUGAAUCUGAAUGACUCUGUGUUAGAGGAGUCAAGGGCCUAUUGGGCCUUAGCCCAUUAGAGUUAAUUAGUCGCUUGCUUAGGGGCCAAGUCAGACCUCUCUAUAUAAUGAGAGGAGAUGUAUCAAUCUAAUCAAGCAAGAGAUUAGAAGGAAAUCCCUUCUCUCUUGCCGGCCGUGGGCGAAGCCCCGCGGCCGGCCUCCCCCAGUGCCCUUGCAGCCCUAGCCGCCGCCGCCGUGAACAGUACCCGCGGACACUGUAGCUCCACGGUACUGUACCACGCCCUCUCAUCUCCAUCCCAACUGGCCACAUAACACUCUGUUACGCACUGCAUAGCUGCGGAAAAGAAAGGUAUCAAAUAUCAGGCAGCUUUACGGCAGGGAAGGAUCAUUCACUAUGAGUGGAUAUUAGACUGUUGUAAGGAAAAACAUCUUCUUCAUUUGCAACCUAGGUAUAUACUAUUUCUUGCUGAUUUUGCCAGGCACAAAUUUCCUGAAGAGAUUGAUUCAUAUGCUGACUAUUACUACUGGGACAUUGAAAUUGCUGACCUCAAGCAGAUUUUCAGUAACAUCGACAAAGUUGCUGGUGAUUCAAACAUGGUUAAUCAGUACAAAAAGAAGCAUUGCAUAGACGAGAGAUUCUGUUUCUUCCAGGGUUGCUGUGUCUACUUGCAUAAUGCACCCUUAGUGAAUGCGGACUACAAUGUAAUAUCUGAUCUUGCGCUGAAGAGGGUGAAGCAGGAUCUAACAAUGCAUGGUGGUCAAGUCUGCAGCAGCAUUGCUCCAGCUACUCAUUUGGUUGUAGUUUCGGUUUUACAGGCCUAUAACUUCGAUAACCUGUACAAGAGCUUCCCUCCUGCUGAAAGACGUUAUCUACAUGACAAACAAUUACAUGUUGUCAGUAAUAAGUGGUUGGAAGAUUCAGUGGAGAAACAAAUGAAGCUCUCUGAAACUGCUUACAGCCUUAAACCAGAUACACUAGAAGAACUAGAUAUUGAAAGGAGUGAGGAAAAUGUUCAGCCUCCGGAUCAUAAGCUUGAGGAACACAAGGAGGUUGAAAGAUCUCAAGCCAAAAAUGUACCAAGGAAAAGGAGCAGGCCAACCAGUAGUUCAAGAACUGCAAGGGCUGCUCCUAGACCAGUCCGGCGAAUACGGCCUAGAAGAGGAAACCAGAAAGCAAAAAUAGGUGAUGAUGUUGAAUCUGAAGAAAGUGGCCCCAGUGAAUGUCAGGAUGAUCAAAAUUUGAACACAGAUGAUACCUCUAAGGUUGAAGAAGGGCAAGAUGAUCAGAAGUUGGACACAGAUUACAUCUCUAAGAUGGAAGUAGAUAACAGCGAUAAAGACUGUGGACCACCGCCAGGUGCUCAGCUUUUCACAUUGGGGGAGCAAGAGGUCAAAGGUGUCAAAUUGAACACCGUGGAGGAGAAACCAGACAGUCCUUUCCAAAGAACAACUGCUGCUGAAGCGAUGUGUAGUGCUCCUGGUGAGAAGAUAGAACAAAUGGUUGAUCCGUUGCACGCCAUGCUUCUGGAUAUGCUACCACUCCUGGGCAAGAAAGGGACAGAAGAUGCAAGUAGGGCACCCUUGACGAAAGUUGAGAAGGAUCCACCUGCGAUAGGAAGUUCCACAUCCAAUUCUGAGAUUCUGGUGCCACAUGCUGGAACAUCCGGGGUUCCAGCCUCAGACCCGAAUGCAGCUCCUCCUCCAAAGAAGAAAAAACCAAUGUUGUCCCUUUUGCUGUAUAUAUACGAGAAUGUGACCAGAGCCGAAGCCGAGAAACAGGAACCUCUCGGUUUGGCGGCCCCGGCGUCGUUGCACGGCUGA